AUAUCAUUCAAUGCAUCCCACUCUCUCUGUUCACAGCCAAUGACAGGGAUCGAAACUUGCUCAAUCGUGCGCAGCAAGGUCCCCAUCUGGACACAUCCCCCACUCCUCGGAUUGGUGGGAGAAGAGUACCUUGUAGGAUGACAAUGCCCUCAUAAUGUCGUGAUGAUUGAACUACCCCUCUUAUCCUUCCGUCUUGUUCGAUUCAUCUUCCCUCCCUCUCUUCUCUUCCAACAACAUCACCGCCCUCUCACCUAUUGAACACUCCAACAGCCAAAAUGACCUCCAAAUACACCCUCCCCGACCUCCCCUACGACUACGAUGCCCUCGAACCCAUCAUCUCGAAACAAAUCAUGGAACUCCACCACAAAAAGCACCACCAAACCUACGUGAACAACCUCAACGCGGCCCUCGCCUCUCAAGCCUCCGCUCUCGACAGCAACGACAUCACCCAGCUCAUCAGCAUCCAGCAGAAACUCAAGUUCAACGGCGGCGGCCACAUCAACCACUCCCUGUUCUGGAAGAACUUGGCUCGUUACGACUCCCCGGCCACUAAGCUGGAGCAAUCCGCCCCGACUCUCAAAGACGCUAUUGAGAAGCAGUGGGGAUCAGUCAAGAACUUCACGGAUGCGUUUGAGGCAGUUCUGCUAGGCAUCCAGGGCAGUGGAUGGGGCUGGCUGGUGAGUUCAGGGAAGAAGGGAUUCCUCGAGAUUGUUACGACGAAGGAUCAAGAUCCGGUGACUGGGCCGAUUCCGAUAUUUGGGGUUGAUAUGUGGGAGCAUGCUUAUUAUUUGCAGUACCUGAACAAUAAGGCUUCCUAUGUGCAGAACAUCUGGAAGGUGAUUAACUGGGAAGAAGCAGAGCAUCGGUAUCUGAAUGGUACCGAUGAACUGGGUUCGUUGAAGUUGUAGUUAGUAGCCUUCUCUCUAUGUAUCUAUCAACAGACUGUCUAUAACAGCCACAUACAUGAUUGAUUUGCUUAUCCCUUUC